AUGAUCAUCUCGAUCGUAGGUUCACCAACAGAUUAUAAUCAAUUUAAUAGCCAAUUAGCUGCACUAUCCGAACAACUUGAUCGAAUCGAACUACACCUCAACAAUAGUAUCAGUCAGUUGUUGACAAAAAUGGACGAAAGCCAUCAUGAUAUCGCACAUUUGAUCAAACAGGCGCAUCCUUUCCCAGUAGAUCAUGAUGAUCAUUCGUCACCCAGUCGACCAGUAAGUGCUCUUUUAGUUAUCGACGUUCAGUAUGAUUUUAUCAAUGGAACUCUCGCUCUUCGCGAUUGCCCAUCUAAACACAAUGGUGAAGAAGUCAUACCUGUUAUAAACCAACUUCUCGAUAAAGUUAACUUCGAUGUGGUGGUUUACAGUCAAGAUUGGCAUCCAACGGAUCAUAUAUCUUUCUUCGAUAAUCUUCAUCUUCGUUCAAAAUUUUUAACUAAAGACUCUGUACCUCUGGAUGAUCUGAAAAUGUACUCGACAGCGACAUUCGCUCUUGAAGAUCUUCCGCCAACGAAACAAACACUCUGGCCUCGGCAUUGUGUUCAAAAUACGUUUGGUGCUCAGUUCCAUUCUGAUUUGAAAGUGCUUGAAGAAGAUAGCAAAGAGAACACUUCAGUGAUUGUUAUUCAAAAAGGAACAAAGCCUCACAUUGAUUCCUAUUCAGCGUUCUGGGACAAUGCGAAGUUAAGCGAAACCAAAUUGAAUCAACAACUAAAAGACAAACAUGUCACUCAAGUCUUCGUUACUGGCCUCGCCACCGACUGGUGUGUGUAUUUCACAGCUAUGGAUGCAAUAGAAAAUGGUUACAAAACAUUUAUUAUUGAAGAUGCAGCUCGUGGAGUCGAUGAGAAUACUAUUAAAGAAAGACUCGAAGAUUUCCGGCAAAAAAAAGGUCAUGUUAUUCAAUCAAAUCAAGUGAAAGACUAUUUUCCAUAG